AUGUUGUUUUGUAUAUUUGCUGUCUAUGCUUUAUUUCUAUCAAAUAUUUAUUCAUAUGAAUUUCCAUUUUCAACAUUGGGUAAUUCAAUAAUUGAUGCCAAUGGUAUAAUAGUUCGAACGAAAUGUGUUACUUGGCCAGGAAGUAUGGAAACAUUGUUACCAGAAGGCUUACAACAUAAUUCAAUAGAUAAUAUUGUUUUACUUAUAAAAGAAAUGAAUAUGACUUGUGUACGUUUAACGUAUUCGAUUGAUGUAACACGUUCAUCUAAUUUAACUGUUUAUCAAUCAUUGUCAAGACUUAAUUUAAUAUUAGCUUUAGAAGGUUUUAUAGAAAAUAAUCCACUACUUAUUCAUAAAAGUAUUUCAUAUGUAUUUGAUUCUGUUUUAAAUACACUUGGAAAAUAUAAUAUUUUAGUCUUACUUGAUAAUCAUAUUAGUAAAGCUAUGUGGUGUUGUCAUAAAUUUGAUGGAAAUGGGUUUUGGGGUGAUCAAUAUUUUGAUGUUGAACAAUGGAUUGAUGGUUUGAUAUUUAUGGCUAAAAAAACUAUUAAUCGCCCAUAUGUUAUUGCAAUGAGUUUGAGAAAUGAGUUGCGUGGUCUUAGACAAAAUAUACCAGACUGGUAA